GGCGCAGGAGAGCGACCAGCCCGCGCGCGAGGACCAGGGCGCGUGCGAGGGCCUGGCCACCUGCACGGAGUGUGUGAGCGACGCCGCCACGACCUGCAGCUGGUGCGACAUGACCCAGACCUGCCUGAGCUCCACGACCCGCGAGGCCAAGGCGUGCCUCGACCACCUCACCGUCCACCAUAACACGAGCUCGCAGACACGCCGAGGGGAAAGUUGGUGUCCUCAGCUGAUCCCUCGCCAGGAGACAGAGGUCCUUGUCGCAGCUGGUUCCUCUCCGGUGUUGAGCUUCGCCGUCCAGAACAUACAGGUAACCCAGACGGACAGCGGUUGGAUCUGCGUCUUCGAGCCGAUGGACGAAACAAGGGCGAAGAGAAGAGAAGAAACGGAGGGAGAGGAGGAGAAGAGAGAAGAGGAGAGGAGAGAGGGAAGAGGAGAGAUCGCGGAAGGAGGAGGAGACGAAGAGGAGGAGAAGGAGAGUCUGGAGAGGAGGUUGCGCGCCGAAGAGGAGGAAGAGGAGGCAAAGAAGAAGAAGAAGAAGGCGGAAUUGAAGAAAUUGAAGAGGGGAUGGAAGGAAGCGAAGGAGGGGAGCUUGCGUUUGCCAGGACACUUCCAGGGCCGCGUCAUCGACAUGGGCGGCGGCGUGAGCACGGGCGUGGGCGUAGGGACCAUAAAGUGCGGAGACGGCAUCACGGAACUGCGCCCGCACCACGCCCCCUCGGCACCCGCGCCCGCCCACGUCCACUACGCCGUCAGGCUGAUCACACCCGCGGGGGCGCUGCUCGAUAACCCCGGGGGCGUUAAGU